UAGUCUUUUCUUUGAUCUCCUGUUGAGUUCGUAGGUGGUCAGAAUGGUUUGAUAACUAUCUAGCUGAAUUCCUGGGACCAGACAAAAUUUAAGUCUCCUACUCCUCCACCAUCUUGCACUUUAUAAGUGAUAAGUUGAAGCUAGAAUUUUCAGGUUGCAUAAUAUUCUGAAAUAUUUUAACAUCAUAUGGGUAAAAAUUAAACAUGUCAUUGAGCUGAUAAUUUAGUGGUAAGCUAUUUCUGGCUAACUGACAAGUUAAGGAAAUUUAAAGCUUUUUAUUCUUAAAAUAACUAAAGGAAAUGUGUAUCAAAUCACAUUAUUGGCUUUAUUAUUUUAGUGGUAUGUCUAUAGAAAAUAUUAUGGACCCAGUGUGUCAUAAAAUUACCCUCAAGAGGCCAGCAGGUAAGUCAGAAAAUUCUGCCUUUCCAUAGGUUUAUCUGCAUUUAAUUCUCCCAUACUUGUAUAAGGAUGUACUUGUACACAAAGGACAACUUACAUAAUAGGAAAUACUUGAAAAUAUGUACUAUUUGAAUAAUUGCUGCUUUCACUGACUUACUAGGAUUUUAAUUUAUGUAACAGCCGAUGUCAGGUCAGUAUUUAUUGGUGGCUAAUGUAUUCAUCUGCUAUAGAAAUGAGAUUGACAUCUUUACUGUUACUUAAAGAGAUUUUCCUAGGUCAGCAGAGGUGUUCCAAAUUAUUUGUUUAACAAAGGAUUUAUAAAUACCUAGUUUGUGCUAAGCACCAUCCUGUACUGGUCAUACAGAGAUAAAAUUCCCUCUCAGAAAGUUAAAAAUCUAGAAAGGCAGUAAGAAUAUAUGAACAAUAGAGACUUUAGCAGGGGUGCUGUGGGAGUAUAAUGACAAGUGCCAUUUCCAGUAGUGUCACUAGCCUCAUUCUUGUACAGAACUAUCAGUUAGCGUUCAGUUAGAGAAGCAGAACUACUAGGGUAGAGGUUUAUACGGGAUUUGACUUGACACUGUCGUGGGAGCUGGUUAACCAUGGCUUUCUGAGGCUGUGACCUUUGUUUCUGAUGUAGGAGCUUGAAGUCCAAGAGCAGGCAAUAAAGAAGGGAAGAUGGCUGUAAAGUGGGAGACCAGGAACAAGUAGAAAUCGCAAGCACAGAUUGAAGCCCUUGCCAUUUUUAUUACCUCGGAGUUUGAUAAUAGGACUCCUGGAAAAGCCUGGGUCCUUUUUCGCACAUACCUUGUCCAAAGGUUAGAAAAACUUGAAGGGUGAUCCAGGGAAAGGUUGGGAAGUUGCAGGCCCACCUUCCAACUGGUGAGCCACAGAUGAGCAACAACAUGUAUGAGCUACUAAAUAGUUGUUGCUUCACAUCUGCCCUCUAAAAUUGCUCAAGAAUUGAAUGCUCACUCUUAACCAAAACAUUCAGGGAAGAGAAUUCUGGAAAGUAGUUCAGCCUAACCCACUUGACACAUUAUGAACCACCACAGUAACUAGUCUAUUAAUAAAUGUUAACCUGAAUGAAUAAUACUUAAAGUAAAAAUCUAGUCCCAAGAAGUCAAUGAAUUUCCAGUAAAACGGAGAGAGCAGGAAGGUGACAGGUCAGAAAAGAAAGGCUGAGCUGGCAUUUGAAAGAGGAAGUUAGCCAAAAGAAUGAGGAGUUGGGUCCAGAAAGAAGGAGCAGCAUUUGUGAUUGAAGAAGAAGAAGAAGAAGCUAAUGUAGGAGAGUAACAUUUUUAAAAUUCAAGAAGUUACUCGAGUGAAAUACAAAUAGGAGUUAUAUUAGGGUCCUUAAAUACUGUGCUUAGCAAUUGGAUUUUGUUCUGAGGACAGGGGAGCCAGUGAAAGGUUUUAAGCAGAGGAAUGACAACUAGAUUUUUGUUUCAGAAAAGGCACUAUCAACAGUAGAGGACAGCUUGGAGAGAGGCAAAGCUAGCUCAGCUUCAGGUUCAUUCUAGCCAAAAGACAUUGGAGACCUUAACCAAAGGCCUUGUCGGUGAGGUUGGAAAGGAGGGAAUUGAGAAACACUAAAGGCAACAUUAGUGGGACUUGAGUGUGCAGAAUAUAGAAGAAGGGAACAAUCAAUGUGAGUCACAGCUUUCUUGCUUGAAAGGGAAGAGAACGGGAGGUACUGUUAUUCACUGUGACUUCAAGAAAGAGAGUAAGUCUUGGAGCCAUGAAAGACUAUCAGUGUUUCCGAAAUGAUCGAGAAUUCUGCAAAAGAAGGAAUAGCCAGUUACUGGAGGAAAAUUGGGAGAGAGCAGUGUCAAAAAUCAAGACUUUGGAGAGUUCCAUGUCAGAAGAGCCACUUUUUCGGGGAGAUUAAGAGGACUCAAAGUGCCCAUUAGAGUUAAUAGCUUGGAAGUCUCUGGCCCUUCUUAGAGUAGUUUUGUUUGAAUAGCAGGGACAAAAGAUAGAUUACAGUGGUGGUAAAGGAUUGAAAGGCAGUGAGGAAAUAGACCUACACAAAAUAAUUUCCAGAACACUACUUACCCUCACUUGUAUUGUCUACACACCUAUUAGAUACCUUAAAGACAUUUCAAAUGUAAGUUAAAAAUAGAUCUCUUAGUCUCCACCCCUAGCCUGCUCUUCACUAAGUCUUCUCCAUCUCAGAUAAUGGUACCACCCAAGUUGGUCAGCCCAAAAAACUAGGAGUCAGCCUUAGUCCCUUUCACGUUUUUUUUUUUUUUUUUAAGACUUUAUGAGAGAGAGCAAGCACAAGAGGGGUGGGGAGGCAGACUAAGCUGACUCCCCACUGAGCAGGGGGCCUGAUGAUGAUGUGGGGCUCCUAGAUCCCAGGACCCUGGGACCAUGACCUGAGCUGAAGGCAGACACUUGAUGGAAUCACCCAGGCACCCCACCCUUUCACUUUUCUGUCUAAUCCAUUAGCAAGUCUUGUUUACCUCUACUCUCAAAACUGAUUAUAAAUCUGUCCCCUCCUACUACUGCCUAAUCCAAGCUGCCAUGUUUCACUUGGGCUACUACAUUCUCUGUUGUCACACUUGCACCCCUUUUAUUAUAAAAUGUAAGUCGAAUCCUGUCACUCCCCUGCAUAAAACUUUGUAAUGCCCCAUUUAGAAUAGACUCUAAUCCUUACCAUUAUUCAUAAGGUACUAUAUGAUCUGGUCCCCAGCAAUUUCUCUGACCUCAUCUACCACUCUCCCUAUUCAUUCUGCUUUGGCCACCUGUCCUUUGCUGUUCCUCACACGUCUAAACUUUUCCAGUUUGCAGACUUUGCACAAAUUCAGAGCUUCCCAGACAGGUUGCCACAGAUGGCAAAUAUGCCAGGAGAUACUACUCCUUAAUAUGUGGGGCAGCCAGGCUGAUCCCCGGGCCAAUGAUUUCAGGCUGAGAACAGUUUCAUCUGGGGCUCCUCAUCAGGCCACUUGGUCUGAGCAGAUUCUGAGAACAGGCUCCACAGUCCCCAGAACCAGAGAACCAGAUGACUGAUGUCCUGCACUCAGCGACACUGAAACAUUGCCAAGAGAGAGUGCUCUGCCACCCGGACAUAAACAAUAGUGGCUGGUUGUAGAGCACAUGCUGCUUCUGUUGGGCAAGGGGCCAUGGAUGUGCUGGAGGAAUUUGUUUACCUGUGCCCAAGGAGUAUGGUGUCAACCCAAAGUGAAGCCAGCCAACAGCCAGAAGAGAUGAUAAGCCGAGCAGGGGUCCUAGAGGCAAAACUCCAGACCCCAGCUCCAAAUCUCUACCUUUAAAUUAUCAGAAAUGGGGCGCCUGGGUGGCUCAGAUGGUUAAGCGUCUGCCUUCGCCUCAGGUCAUGAUCCCAGAGUCCUGGGAUCGAGUCCCGCAUCGGGCUCCCUGCUCCUUGGGAGCCUGCUUCUCCCUCUGCCUCUCUCUCUCUCUCUCUGUCUCUCAUGAAUAAAUAAAUAAAAUCUUUAAAAAAUAAUAAUAAUAAAAAAUAAAAAUAAAUAAAUUAUCAGAAAUGUAUUUCUAUGUGGUAGAUGUGGUUUGGGACCUACCAACAGGCUGCGUGGUGAUUGGCUGUGCAGUCUGCAGAUUAGAGUAUCAUGAUUGUUUUUUAAGUACAUGAUAUGAAAAAGUCUAAUUGAAUUUGAAGUAUUUUUGUAUUAGCAAAAGAAAUAGAUUACAAUGUCAAUGAAAAAAGGGAAAUGUUAGAGUCUUGUUAUAAAAGUUUUAUAGUGAGCAUAAAAAAAUUUAUAAUGAUGAUAAUUACUAAUCUGAAGACCAUUCCAGUCAAGUCAGUCACCCUAAGUCAGUGGCUGUUCUUAACAUCCUUCAUGGUGAGAUAACCAGAAAUGUUUCCUGAUGUGAUUAAAUAUAAAGUAGACAGUAUCACCUAUGAUGUAAUCUAGCCAAAAAUAAUUAACUUGAAUCUAUCAAGGCUUAAGAUGUAAAUUCCAGUUUCCAGGAACUGCAGGAGAUAGAGGAACAAGAUAAAUGACAGUAAAGGAAGUAAUUAAGGAUUAUGUUUCUCCAUGUAUUAGGUGUUAAGUGUUUUCCAUUAAAAUUUUUUUAUGUUCUCUGUUAAGGUCUGGUACCUCUUUUAUAUAACAUUUAUUCUAAAACUCUCUAUUCUUUAUUAGUAUUAAAAAAUGUACCUUAAAAAAAAAUAAAAAAAUAAAAAAUGUACCUUAAAUUUUGUUUGUUGUUAAGAAAUAAAAUUAAGAUGUAGAUUCCUGGAACUUUGUUAUUGGGGUUAAAAUGCAAUUGAAAUGCAAAAUCUUGUAACAUCUGCUUCCAGUAAUGAUAGACUAGGUAAUUCAGACCAGCUGUCUGACUGAAGAAAUUGUUAACAUUUGGGUGAGAUAUAAAACAUAUCUUAAGAAUACUAAAGCACCUUGAAGAGGUAAUGAGAAAUCAUCAGGCCAAGAACUGAGAGACAGUGGAAAUUCAGAGAGGUGAGUUUAGGACUUGGGCCCACUUAAGCCCUGGGAGCAUUUGCCAGCCUGAAAGAGAUAGCUAAGAGACUAAGCUAUUCUUUUGGUGACCUCACAGGACUAGAGGAGUGAAAGAUGGAGUUCAGGACCCAUUGAGGAGGGAGACGCAAGUAAACAUCACCAUUGCCUACCACCAACACACACAGACUCAGCUUUUGGUGCAGACUUAAAAAACCAGCCCUUCCAUGGCCAGCGCCCUGCUGUGAGCGAACGACUCCAUGAACACUCAGCCCUGAACUUGGAUUAAGGCUUUCAAAGAGGAACAUUUUUUAUUCUCGGGAAGACAGCAUGGGAGGACAGCAUUCCAAACCUGAACCCAACAAUGACAGACAAAGUGCCAGCACAGCGGCCCCGACAAUUGCCUCUGCCCCCCGCUUCCUGGAACACACCAACAUACAGCAUUUGGUCUUAGCCUUUUUCGCGGGGGUCCUACUGACGCUGCUGCUGCUGGUCCUUAUCUUCCUCAUCAGAAAGAGCUACAGGAAAUGUCACUCCAGUCCCUGGGCCCUGAAUCCUCCCUUAGACCCUCACUCCAGCCGAGAUCCUCCGGCCAAGCUUUCAUCCCCGGAGGAAGCACUUACCUAUGCGAGCGUAGCUUUCAAAAUCUCAGAAGAAAAGAGUGAUCCCCUGACCAAGAAACAUUCUGCACCCUUGAACCCAGUUGUAUAUGCUCCAAUCAAAGUGACAGACUCUCCCUGCCUUUCCAAUGAGGCUUGAUGCCAGUCCCUCUUAUUCUCGGUUCCAUCUUUAUAUAUCACUUACCCUUAGGACAAAUUCUGGACCACAGCGUGGCCAAACUAGAGUUGGAGCUGUUUGGGUGGGAUCUGGAAAUGUUAGCCAGCAAUUGUGAAGACCGAGGGGGAGUCCUUCUCUUGGCCUGAGAAGAGACUGCCUGCCCUCCUGCUUGGACGGACAGCCUGCUAGCCCUUUGAGGGCUGAGACAGCCUCCCUGGUCCCCUUCCAAAGUGUGUGGUACAGAGCCCAGCACACAGAGUGUUCAGUCAGUGCCACUGACCAACUUGGGAGAAGUCAGCCAAAUGGGCAAGUUAGCAAGAUUUACAAAUAAAAGCAACCCCUCUUACAAUGCUGGCUCCUCCCGCAUCAUUUACUUGUCUGGUCCUGUCACACCCAGAGAUCCAGAACUCCCCACAGCCAGAAGCCUAACAGAGGUGAUGGUACUCCAGAACAAGCUCAGGAUUGAUGGGGGCCCAAGUUGCAAGCUUGGCGCCAACUAGCUGCGGUCUUUUGGUAAGUGUAACUGCUUCCUCAUGAAAACAGAACUAAUAACAUUUACCCCUUAGUGUGAGAAUAAGUGAGAUGUCAUCUCCUGAGGUACUUUGUACAUCCCAAGAGUUUUAUA